CCCAGUGAGUGAGCGUUUUGUGUGUGUAUUAAUGGGGAGAAAACCGUGUUGUGAAAAGAAGGGACUGAAGAAAGGGCCGUGGACGGCGGAUGAAGAUAAGAAAUUGGUUGAGUAUAUCACCAACAAUGGCAGCCAUGGCAGCUGGUGUUCCCUACCAAAACUUGCAGGUCUUCUUCGUUGCGGGAAAAGUUGCCGACUUCGUUGGACAAACUAUCUUAGACCAGACAUUAUACGAGGUCCCUUUAGCUCCGAGGAAGAGAAGCUUGUUAUAGAAUUGCAUGGCAUUCUCGGAAACAGAUGGGCAGCCAUUGCAUCUCAACUGCCGGGAAGAACAGACAAUGAGAUCAAGAACUUAUGGAACACCCAUCUGAAGAAGCGUGUGCUUAAAGUCGGCAUUGAUCCUCAAACUCACACGCAUCCCUUGACAUCCAAUGGAUUGGUGGAAAGAUGUCCUGCAUCUCCCUCGACACUACAUAUGAUACAAUGGGAGAGUGUAAGGCUCGAAGCCGAAGCUCGUCUCUCAAGAGAAACACUAUUUGGAAAAUCGGAUUCUGACUAUUUCUUACGCUUGUGGAAUUCCGAGGUUGGAGAAGCAUUUCAAAAAUUCGACAAGGGCAACAAAACUGCUUGUCAAUAUUCAGUCUCAACUUCAUCAACAAAGCACGGAUCAAUAUCAGGAACCACGACAGAAAUGUGUCUGAUUCGAACAGGUUCAUCAGUGGAUGCAGACUGCAAGAACAGCGAAGGGUACGCUGACGAUGUUGUCUUGCCAAAGUCGGAUUCCAUGAAUUCUAAUGAAAUAGAGGAUUCGUCCGAAUCUGUGUUGCAGUUUCUAUUGGAUUUCCCUAGUAACAAUGAUGGCUAUAGCGUAAAUCCUGCCUUCUUCAAUGAAAGAUCCUUGAACUGAUCUCUUAAGGAUAAAGAAUUUUUGCUGGGGUUUUUUGUGUUCCAGCUUUAGAGGAAUGUUGGGGAAUGAGUUGUUCGGCCAAUGUAUGAGACAUAUUUGGUACACAAUAUUCGAU